GCCAAAAAGUGAGAAAGCAAAAAAUAUAUUGAAAUUAAUAUUUUGGAAAAUAAUUUGAGAAAUUGUUGAAGCAGUCUUUUGGUGACUUUUCUGCGUAUUGUGCGUGGAGGCCGUGCAAAGUGUAUUCCAGCGGUUAUUCCACGUGUUCCGAUCCGGCCGCCAAAAUUAUUACGCACAAUUCCCUGAGCGUGUACGGUGGCGGCGUCAUGUGCGCCUCACCGUCCACAGCUCCCGGCUUCUUCAAUCCGCGCCCGCAAUCCGGCGCCGAGCUGUCCGCCUUCGAUCUGGGCCUGUCGCGCUCCAUGACGCUGGGCGUGCCGCCUCACGGCGCCUGGCAUGAUCCCAACUUAGGCGGCCAUCUGCAUGCCUCGGCCGGACCCGGCUCGCUGGCAGGCACCAACACAAGCAGCGGUGGCGGCGGCGGCGGGGGCGGCACAACGCCUAGCAGCGUGGCCAGCCAACAGUCGGCGGGCAUCAAACAGGAUCUGUCCGGACUGAGCGCCUCCACGGCGAACCUGAACCAAAGCGCGCAUCACGUCAUCAAGGAGGAUCUCUCCAGUUUGUCCAGCGCCAACGGCGGCUCCACAUCCGCACACCACACAAGCGCCGCACAAUCCGGCCAUGGCGCGGAUCUGGUGCCCAUCAUCAAGGGCUCCCAGUCGGGCAGCUGCUUGGGCGGCUCGGCGGGUGGCAAUGGUGGUAGCACCACGCCCAGUUCCCAGGCCAACAGCUCCCACUCGCAGAGCAGCAACAGCGGCUCCCAGAUUGACUCCAAACAGAACAUCGAGUGCGUCGUCUGCGGCGACAAGAGUUCCGGCAAGCACUACGGACAAUUUACGUGUGAAGGCUGCAAAUCAUUCUUCAAGCGAUCCGUGCGACGCAAUCUGACAUAUUCGUGUCGGGGCAGCAGAAAUUGUCCCAUAGAUCAACAUCAUCGCAAUCAAUGCCAAUAUUGCCGUUUGAAAAAGUGCCUAAAAAUGGGCAUGCGACGCGAAGCUGUUCAACGUGGCCGCGUGCCGCCUACACAGCCCGGCCUGGCCGGCAUGCACGGUCAAUAUCAGCUGGCCAACGGCGAUCCAAUGGGCGUUGCUGGCUUCAAUGGGCACUCGUACCUCAGUUCCUACAUCUCGCUGCUGCUGCGCGCCGAGCCGUAUCCCACAUCCCGAUACGGCCAGUGCCUGCAGCCAAACAAUAUUAUGGGCAUUGACAACAUCUGCGAGCUUGCCGCCCGUCUGCUCUUCUCGGCCGUCGAGUGGGCCAAGAAUAUACCUUUCUUUCCGGAGCUGCAGGUGACCGAUCAGGUGGCACUGCUGCGUCUCGUCUGGUCGGAGCUGUUCGUUCUGAAUGCCAGCCAAUGCUCGAUGCCGCUGCAUGUGGCGCCACUGUUGGCCGCCGCGGGUCUGCAUGCCUCACCAAUGGCCGCGGAUCGUGUGGUGGCCUUUAUGGAUCACAUACGCAUCUUCCAGGAGCAGGUGGAGAAGCUGAAGGCGCUGCAUGUUGAUUCCGCCGAGUACUCCUGCCUCAAGGCAAUUGUGCUCUUCACCACCGGUAAGUUGCUGGAUAUCCUGUACAAGGAUGUGCCCGCACUGCUAACCAAAGUUUCAGCCCUGCUGGGCAAACGUGUGCCGGCAGCCAAUGACGAUGUGCUUGCCGUGGUGCGUGAGCAUCUCGAUGAGCUGAAUCGCCUGGAGUUUGAAACCCAGCUGCAGCAGGCACCAUUACAUUUGGCUACCUUCAUGAAGAGCGUGGCGGGCGUCGAGGCUGCAGUGCAGCAGGCGGAACAGCAACAGCAACAGCAACAAUUGCAGCCAAUUCCCAGCGAAUCAAAGCCUAGCGCUGCUGCUGCUGCUGCUGGGCCUGUUGUACCCUCCGCCGGCAGUGCUUUCAGCAGCUGCACCAAGUCCAUUGCCAAUGCCAAUGCAAAUGCCAAUGCCAAUGCUAAUGCCAAUGCCAAUGCCAAUGCUGAGGUCGAUCUCCUUGCCGCGCUCUAUGCCAGUUCCAAUGGCAAUGCCGGCAAUUCGAGCAGCAGUCACAAUAACAGCAGCGGCCUGGGCGCAUCGCUGCCCACACACUCCCACAGCGCCUCAUCCUCCCACAAUUCAUACACCGCCUCGCCGCGCAGCACAGUAGCAACCACCGCCGCCACCGCACUGACCACCAGCAGCAGCACAGCGAGCAGCUCACUGGUUGGAGCAUAUCAAACGCCGGGCCAGCAGCAGCAGCAGCAGCAGCAGCAACAGCAGCAGGCGGCUGCUGCAGCGGCAAUGUUCUAUCAAACGCCGCCACGCAGCGCCUUCGGCUCGGCAUUUGAUAUAUUCCAUCACAGUACGCCCUUUGGGGUGAGUCACGCGGCGGCGGCAGCGGCUGCGGCGGCCGCUCACAAUAGCAGCGGCGCCAGCUUCGGUAGUCCCAGCUAUAGAUAUUCGCCAUAUAGCCUAGCGGGCAGUAGAUGGCAGUUGUAG